UGCAAUAAAAAGUUAGUACUUAAAUUUAGCUGAGUUCUUCAUCUCCGCCUGUGUGUCUCUCACUUCCCUAGGAGAACAAAGAUAUUGCAGUCUUUUAAUCUGUAAGUAACAUAUAUUUUCUUGCAUACAACUCCAAAGGAAUUUACCCAAAAACGUUGAUUCUUGGAUGAUGCUGACUUAGAUCCCUUUGUUUCUGAUUUUGGUUCUAUUCAUACUUAGAUUUGGUUGGAUGGAGCGAGAUCAUCUGGACAUUGCGACCCCUGGAAAAGCAGAUCAUAAUGAUAUUUAUGGUUCUUCAGUUGCUAGUCGCAGAGAUAAGGUGAAGCAUGAGCCAAAAGAUUCAAGAAGCUCUGCAAGCGCUGGAGGGAUUGGAACUUCUAAUCAGAAUCCUAAGGAUGUUGCUUCUUUAGCAGAAGAAGAAGAACAUAACACAGAUGAUGAGGAUAACCACAGUGAAGAUGCUCAAAAACAGUUGGUGCUUUACGAUCCCGCUGCUGUUGGUGCGGAUGAAAUUGCACUUGACGCCGAUCCUGUUAAUUCUCAGCCUCGACGAAACUCCUUUCCCAAUUACACAACUAGGCUUUUGCCAUCUGUUGGGGCAUUUACUGUGCAGUGCGCUAACUGCUUUAAAUGGAGGCUUAUUCCUACAAAGGAGAAGUAUGAGGAGAUAAGAGAACACAUUCUGGAACAACCUUUUUAUUGUGAAACUGCUCAUGAGUGGCGUGCUGAACUAUCAUGUGCCGAUCCUCCUGAUCUUACUCAAGAUGGAAGUAGGCUCUGGGCUAUUGACAAGCCUAAUAUUGCUCAGCCCCCUCCUGGGUGGGAACGGCUUUUAAGAAUCCGAGGCGAAGGAGGCACUCGGUUUGCUGAUGUGUAUUAUGUUGCGCCAUCUGGAAAGAGACUUCGUUCCAUGGUUGAAGUUGAAAAGUACUUGCAGGAACACCCAGACUAUGUAGCACAAGGUGUAAGUAUGUCCCAGUUUUCUUUCCAGAUCCCAAGACCUCUGCAGGAUAACUAUGUUAAGAAGCGGCCUUAUCGUCCAGCACUUGCACCUGAUGAAACUGAGCCUGAACUAUUUGAAAAGAAAGUUAACAGGUGCUACCCCACCCCCAACCCGCCAAGUCAGAUAGAGGCUCUGCUAUAGGUGGAUACUGAAAGAAUUGCUUUUACAUUACUAACUGUUCGGGUUUGAGUCGAGUCACUGGAAGCUUGUCUUUGGGAUAAUGAAUCUUCUGAAUCAUUAUGUGGUUUUUUUGCCUUAAGCACUCUGCUCUCCUGGGCUAUAAGCAGUUGAUUGAUUGAUGUUCCUUCACCCCUCUUUGUAUUAUGAGUUCAUAAGCAUAGAAUAUAGAUCAGUCCAUGUUGAUUGGUAUGAUUCAUCAAGUGUUUAAAUGGCAUCACCUUGAGAUAGCUGGUGGAUAUAAAGAUCUGUGUUUAUGUAUAUAUCUUUGCUCCUGACUGGUCUAAUUAUUGCCUAAGCUUGGCAGUGAUAUUUACAGA